AUGGGCUGGUUUCCCUGGUCAUCGUCCGAUUCCAACAAAGCCUCAGACGGCGGCCGCAUAGCGCCCGACCGAACCUCACGACAACGGUGCUGGAUCGGCCGCGACCAGUUUUUCGCUUGCUUGGACGAUAACGAUAUCGUUGACUCGAUUAAGGGGGAUAAGGAGGCGCGGAAGAAAUGUGCAAAGGAGAUUGCGGAGUUUGAGGCGGCUUGCUCGAGUACAUGGGUGAAAUACUUCAAAGAGAAGCGCGUAAUGGAGUACAACCGGGACAAGACAAUCGAGCGGAUCAAGAAGGAAGAUGCUGCUACAGUCCGGGAUUUGAAGUCGCAAGGGUGGUCACCAAAGUGA